CGCCACCGCUCGCCUCCCUCCCUGCCCCCUCCGGCCCACACAUCCACACACGCACACCCCCUCCCCUGCCGCCCGCCCCGCGCUGCCCGCCCCGCCGGCCCCGCUCGCCCUCGCGCGCUGGGAAGGGAGUCGCGAGACGUCGGAGUGGCGGCCACGUAGCGCUGCGGCGGCGGCGGCGGCGGCGGCAGCGGCCGAGGCCGGGUCUGAGGAGCGGCCCUGAGGACAGACGUUGGGCAGGGGGGAGGGGCCGGCCCAGCCGGCGGUUGUGACUCGAGCGCUGCGGCUGCAGGCCCCCGUCGCAGGGAUGGACCGCCGAGGCGGCGGCCGGGGCGGCGGAGGCGGAGGCGGCCGGCCCGGAUAACAUGCUCCCAAGUCGCUUGCAGCUCUCUUCAGAAGAAAAAUCACUAGUGCUCUGCUCUUGCCAUAAUACCAAACCUUUUUGACUCAUGCUUUGGUGCUGCAACACUGGAAAAAUUGCACACAGUUUCCAGGAAUAUCUUUUUUUCAUUUGAGUGAUUCUUUGUGGAUGAGAAAAGAUUUGAGUCUUAAUAAUUACCUUGUUUUAAAGCUAUUUUCUUUAUAGUCUGAACUGUUUAAUAAAUUGGGCCACUUACCAAUGAGCCACACAGCCAGUUCUUGUCAGGAGCUGGUUGAAAACUGUGCUGUGCAUGUAGCAGGAAUGGCACAAGAAGAUAGCCGUCGUGGUCAAGUGCCAUCUUCCUUUUAUCAUGGUGCCAACCAAGAACUUGACCUGUCCACCAAAGUGUACAAAAGGGAGUCAGGAAGUCCUUAUUCUGUGUUAGUGGACACCAAGAUGAGCAAACCACAUCUCCAUGAAACAGAAGAACAGCCAUAUUUCAGGGAGACAAGAGCAGUGUCUGACGUGCAUGCUGUUAAGGAAGACCGGGAGAAUUCUGAUGACACAGAAGAGGAAGAGGAAGAAGUCUCUUACAAAAGGGAGCAGAUCAUAGUGGAGGUAAACCUUAAUAAUCAAACAUUAAAUGUAUCUAAAGGGGAAAAGGGUGUCUCUUCUCAGUCCAAAGAGACUCCUGUUCUUAAGACAAGCAGUGAGGAGGAAGAGGAAGAGAGUGAGGAAGAGGCCACAGAUGACAGCAAUGACUAUGGAGAGAAUGAAAAGCAGAAGAAAAAGGAGAAGAUAGUAGAGAAAGUCAGCGUUACACAAAGGAGAACCAGGAGAGCUGCCUCUGUUGCCGCAGCUACCACUUCCCCUACUCCCAGAACUACAAGAGGUCGUAGGAAGAGUGUAGAGCCACCUAAGCGUAAGAAGCGGGCCACAAAGGAGCCCAAAGCACCAGUCCAGAAAGCUAAGUGUGAAGAGAAAGAGACUCUGACCUGUGAGAAGUGCCCCAGGGUAUUUAACACUCGCUGGUACCUGGAGAAGCACAUGAACGUUACUCAUAGGCGCAUGCAGAUUUGUGAUAAAUGUGGCAAGAAGUUUGUCCUGGAAAGUGAGCUGUCCCUUCACCAGCAAACAGACUGUGAAAAAAACAUUCAGUGUGUUUCCUGUAACAAAUCGUUCAAGAAACUCUGGUCCCUUCAUGAACAUAUCAAGAUCGUCCAUGGAUAUGCAGAAAAGAAAUUUUCCUGUGAAAUUUGUGAGAAGAAAUUCUAUACCAUGGCUCAUGUGCGGAAACACAUGGUUGCACACACAAAAGACAUGCCAUUUACAUGCGAAACCUGUGGAAAAUCAUUCAAACGCAGUAUGUCACUCAAGGUGCACUCCUUGCAGCAUUCUGGAGAGAAGCCCUUCAGAUGCGAGAACUGUGACGAAAGGUUUCAGUACAAGUACCAGCUACGCUCCCACAUGAGCAUUCAUAUUGGGCACAAACAGUUCAUGUGCCAGUGGUGUGGCAAGGAUUUCAACAUGAAGCAGUACUUCGACGAACACAUGAAAACACACACUGGAGAGAAACCCUUUAUCUGUGAAAUCUGUGGCAAAAGCUUCACCAGCCGCCCCAACAUGAAGAGACACCGCAGAACUCACACAGGCGAGAAGCCCUAUCCAUGUGAUGUGUGUGGCCAGCGGUUCCGCUUCUCGAACAUGCUUAAGGCCCACAAGGAGAAGUGCUUUCGGGUGACCAGCCCCGUGAAUGUGCCACCUGCUGUCCAGAUCCCACUUACAACUUCCCCAGCCACCCCAGUUCCUUCUGUGGUGAACACACCCACAACCCCAACCCCUCCAAUCAAUAUGAAUCCUGUAAGCACUCUUCCCCCUCGGCCCAUCCCCCACCCCUUUUCACACCUGCACAUCCACCCACACCCUCACCACCCACACCACCUUCCCAUCCCUCCAGUCCCUCACCUCCCCCCACCUCCAGCUCUCUUUAAGAGUGAGCCUUUAAAUCAUAGAGGCCAGAGUGAGGACAACUUUCUGCGGCACCUGGCAGAGAAGAACAGUUCAGCACAGCAUCAUUAACAUCCGUCUCCUUAGUGUGUUCUCCAGGAGACACGUCCCCAUGUGUGAGCGUGCACAGAGGGAGUCGGUGAGCAUUUCCUUAGUUCUCAGACUCUCCUCCGCCUCUACCAAGAGCUUCGCCAGUGUCACUGAAUCAACAGAUCCAAGGGAAUGAACAAGAAGACUACCUUGAGCUCACAGAGGGACUGUCAUCUAAACCAGGGGAACCACUGAACUAAAGCCCAAUUUGCUUGCAUUUUCUGAUGACUUUUAUAAGUUUCAAAUACUCAGACUUGUGGAAUUUUAUAAUUUCAUAUCAGCUGAUGAGGUAUGCUUGCUUUUAUAUCCCGGACUUCUCCUCAAAGAGGGGAUAGGCCUGGUUUCCUUUGUACUAAUCGGGAAGGCUGUGAGAUUAAUCCAGAGCAUUAAUUGUAUCACUGUGUAUGGUAAGGAAUUCUUUUCAGCUUUUGGUGCCAGCUACAGAGUUGAGCUGGCCAUGUUUCACAGUAUAUCAAGCAUUAUAGAGAAAGACAGAAAUUUUCUUCUUUGUGUAGCUCUCCUAACGCACUCUUUAUUUUACUACAGAAAUUAUUUUAGAGUUUUUGUAUAGACUUCUUUGGUAGUCUGUUUCUAAAAUGAAAUGUAUUUCAAUAAGCAGUGUAAUUUUUUCAGUGUAGCUGAACCUAUGUUGUAAAAUAGAAAAAAAUUUUUAUAAUCAUCAAAAUGUGAUUCUUAAAAGAUGCAUAUAACUUCUAUAAUUCAAAGCUAUUCUUACAUCCGUACAACUCAAAAGGUGCUUCAGAGACUAGAUGUAUCUGAGAGGGUCUCCAGACCAGGUUACUGCAAAAAUGAGGUUUUGCUUUCAGGAUUUGGCAUAAAUACUUGGUAGUUUUGACAUCUCUGCUUAACACUCAGAGAGGCUCCCUAAUGUGCUCCUGUCCUCCAUGUUCUGCUUGGCUUUGUUAGUGCAUUACAUGAAAUGAUUUGCAGGGGAUGGGGCCUUUUCCAGGGAAGUCACCUAAAGCUUGCAUAUUUUGAAAAUUUGAAUAAGGCUGUUUGCUGACAGGAGGAGGAAGUAGUGGAGAUCAUUUCAUCUCAGUCACGUCUGUUUCUCACUUCCCUUAGGAAUUGUGUUCAUGUUUAGCUUUUAUGGGAUGACAAAUUGAAAUCUCUCAUUUUGAGGUUGCUUUAUUUUCCUAGAAUUGUUGUAAGAAGCUAAAAUAGUAAACUUAAAAUCACAAACAUGAUGUUGCUGAUAGUGGCUGAGAAAUUCAGAUGAGAAGACAAAUUGGUUAUGAAUUUUGAAAUAUCUAUUACAUGUAAAAUGUGGAUACAACCUUGAGCUAUUUUAACACAGUUUAAAUAUAGUGAGGGAAAACUCCUAAGUUUUACUGCCCUGUCCUCUGCAAAUUAUGUAAUACCAGCAUUCUUAGGUGAUAAAGAGAGCAGCACCUCUAGUACCUUUAGGCAGAUUACUUUUUCAAGUUUGGGGAACUUCAAAAGAACAUAAUCAACCAGGAGCUUAUUAUAGGAAAGGCUGAACAGAAGGGCUAGUAUAUUGAUUACACUUAACUGAUCAUAUUUAUCCAGACUCAGUAUAGCUUAAAAUUUUGUAUUUCUUUAUCUCAGAGAACUGAGUUCCCAGGCUAAAUCACUUACCUCCCACCCCCUCUCCAAUUUUUUUUUUUAAGAGACAAGGUCUUGCUAUGUUGCCCAGGCUAGAGUGCAGUGGCUCUUCACAGGUGCAGUUAUAGCACACUACAGCCUCCAACUCUUGGGCUCAAGCAACCCUGCCUCAGCUAACCAAGUAGCUGGGACUACAGGCGCAUGCUACCAUGCCCAGUCCAUUUUUUAAUCUUGAAGUUUCUUCAUUUUUCUUUCUUCGGGUUCUUAAAAUCUUUGCCUGAAUCAGAACGCUGGCUUUUAUUUAUUUAUUUUAUUUUUAAUAUUAAAUGUGCAGAUAUGCUUUGAGCACUUUUCUAACUAAUGAGCUCUGUGGUAGGAAAAAAUGAACUCUUUCAAUUGAGAUUAAGUCCAUAUUUUUCAAACAUCACGUUCUCUAUUGGCUUUUUGGUUUAGUGUUUCUAAAUUUUCUCCUUCUGAUUUUGCCUGUCUUAUAAAUGAGCAUAGGAAAAUUUUGGAAUGAGGCAGAAAAGUAUCUCAAGACAUACUUCCUGGUUUUGGAUGUAAGUUUUAAAGAAUGAUAUUUUUAAUAUUUGUACACAUUCUUUGAGCACCCAGGUACCCAAGCCAAUAAGGAAAGUUAAUUCCUUGCAUAUGACUGUUAUAUCUUUAGUGGUUGUCCUCCCCCUCCCUCCAGUCUCCUUGGCAUUCCAUGACAAGUUCGUCAACCUACACUUUUAUAUAGACAUACCAUUAUUUCAUGGUCAAGCCUGUAGUAUUAAAAUGAUUUUUUUUAAAGAUGUAAACUGUGCUCAGUUAAUUGGUUAUAUUUUGUUCUGUUUUUUUUUUUUUUUUUUUUUUUUUUUGAGGCAGAGUCUUGCUCUGUUGCCUGGGCUGGAGUGCAGUGGUGCAAUCUUGGCUCACUGCAACCCCCGCCUCCCGGGUUCAAGUGAUUUUCCUGCCUCAGCCUCCCAUGUAGCUGGGAUUACAGGCAUGCGCCACCACUCCCGGCUAAGUUUUGUAUUUUUGGUAGAGACGGGGUUUCACCAUAUUGGCCAGGCUGGUCUCAAACUCCUGACCUUGUGAUCCGCCCACCUCAGCCUCCCAAAGUGCUGGGAUUACAGGCGUGAGCCACCGCGCCCAACCGCCUUAUUUUGUUCUGAAUAAAUUUACAGUAUUGGGCAGCAAUUCUGAAUUCUAGACUUGAGACCACAGAAUCAACCAUUUCAUGAGGUUGUACUAUAAUCAUACACUGGAAUAUUCAGGUAGUCAUCUUUGAUUUUUCAUUCAAGUAAAUAUAGCCAUAAGAAAAUAUCUGCUAUACAGGAAAACCAGUAUUAAGCAAAUACCACCAUCCUUAACAGAAGCAAAAAAUAUAUAUAUAUAUUAUUUUUUAAAAUUAGCAUUGUCAUACAGUACAAUUCUUAGUGAAGUGUAUUGUGGAACAAUUUAGAAACUUCCUUUUUUUCCCCUAGAUUAAGGAUACUUUCCUUGACUUGAGAUUUGUGGUCUUCAGGAAAACUGCUCAGAAUAUAAUGACUCCUCAUCAGUAUCAUAUUGCAUAUGAAUAAUGAAAUGCAUUAAGAAUAUUCACAACAUUAAUGCUUCUGAAUAUAAGAACUGCAGGAUUAAGCCUUAAACAUAUAUGUGCAACACGUUUAACAUGCUUAAGACUCAAACUCAGGGUUGAAAAUUUGGUUGGGGUCCUCUUUGUAAGAUAAAAGUUGCAUUAUGUGGUAUGUUCUCUUCCAUAUAUGCUACAGCACCCCAUGAAUUCUUCAAAACUUUUUACCUACUUGUUAUCUGUUUAUGAAAAAAAGAAUUAUGGAGAAGUUUGAGUUCUCAGCCCUUAUCUGUACAUGUCUGUUAAAGACAACAAAGGCUGCAUUUAAGCAUUAUAUAGACAACAAAUUGAGGCUGUCUCUCAUUACUUAGUUUUACUGUCUUCAAAGGCUUGUAUCAUUGCUAGGGUUAAAACUUAUUUGAGGAUGAGUUGGCAUUGUAUUUUUUUUAUGUGUGGGUUGGUUUGUUUGUAUUUGUUUCGUUUUUAUUUUUCUAUUUUCUCUCAUAGAUUUAUCAGUAAAAUAUAAACUCUUCCUUAGCCUUAAUAAAGGCUGCUGCUUUCUCAAAUUGAGUCAGGUAGGCUCAUUCUGAGUUAGAUUUUUAAAUUUGAAUGAAGAAAAGACAACAAUUUAAAGGCAUGUGGCUUCAUUUCCACAUAUAUUUGUGACUGGAUUCUUACUUUUAGCAAGAGGGGAGAUCGCCACAAACAAAACUUUAGUUCAGAGAAGCCUGUGCAAAUCAGUUACCUGUAUUUUCAUAGUCUACCAUUUACAUUAACUGUUCUAGAUUAAUGACUAAGCAUGGACAUUACCAUAAUUAUACCAUUUUUUUAAAACCACAUUUGUUCAAAGUAUCCUUUUCUAGUGGUUAGAACUUUCCCUAUAAUUUGAUUGUCCCUUAUAUACUAACCGAAAGCAGAAUGCUCUGAUGAGAUGUUUAUAAACUAUGAAUUUUUUUAAUUCUUGAAAUUUUUUUCAGUUUUUAUGUUUGUUGAAUAGAUAUGUAUGUUUAGUUUCAUUAUUAUUUCACUGGAAGUUUUAAAUUUUGAGAAGAUGAAGCAGAGAUAGAAAUCCAUUGCAGAUAUAUGUAUAUUUACCCCAUCUUGCAGAUUUCGGUUAGUAAAACACAGAAUGAUAGGUUGGUUUUAAUGUUUAAAAAAAAAAAAAAACUAAAAAACUAAAGUUAGAGAAACCUUUCUGUUUGAGCUACUGUAUAGAAAAGACAACUUUUAUUGCAUUGCUGGUCCACAUGAUAAAUAUUUCAAUGCUGUUCUAAACUGUAUGAGAAGUACUUAAUGAAAAAAGGGAUACAUUACAUUUAAGAAUUGUAUCAGCUAAUUACUGCUUUUAAAAAUUCAACUCAUUUGCAAUUCUUCAGACUAUAAAAUUGAGCAAGUAAAGUUUGGGUUUUAAUUUUCCUUUGCCUGAACCAAGAUAGGAAAUUUCUUAGGAGUUUUUAUUUUUUUUAUUUUUAUUUUUUUAGGAAUGAAAGGUCAUAAGCCAUUAGAAAUAGUGGCAUUAUUAUGCAAUAACAACACCCUAGCUAACCUGCUUUUGUCAUCGGUAGCAUUUAGAAUAAAGAAUGAUGACCUUCCAACCCUGGACACUACCUCGAUAAAACAAACCAGAGAUCCUCUCUACACUUUCUAUGGAAGCCAUAAAAGUUGCCAUCAAUAUAUCCACUUUCAUAGUUCUAUACUUUUAUACUUUCUAGACUUUUUUAUAGACUUUAUGAUCAGAUCUUUUUGUCUUAGAGGAUAGGUUUUGCAAGAUUCAAAGGAAAAUCAAACUCCUUCGUUGUUCCAGCUUUGAAGCUUUUGCUUCAGUAAAUUUGUUUAAAGAACCAGAUCACAUACCAUUUAUCAAAUUCUUUAUUUAAGUCAGAAUACUUUGCAGACAUGCAUAUUUGGAAAACAAACUCUUUCUUGUUCACUAGAUAGAAUCUGUAUUGUUGUAAGAAACUACUUAUAAGGUGGCUUUCUUUCUGCUUUGUUACUCUAUGUAUUACUCAAUAAUAUAUGUAUGGUCACAGGUUCCUGGAGUUGUUUUAUUUCUUUAUGACAGACACAUGAGUAUGCACCUCUCUCUAAUCCUCUGAUGUCACUGCAGCUUCAGUCUCUCUCACUCUGUUUUUGAGUGCCUUCAAAAUGCCAGCAUCCUGGAACAUUCUUUUCCUGAUCUAAAUCCUACCUCUGACUAUUUCAUUAUCCAUGAAUAUUGGAAUUCACCCAUAUUCCAGUGGGCUUAACUCUACAAACUAGCUAAAACCUUGGACAAGAAUUUUGACCGUAUUUCUGUUUUGUUCCUCCAUGUCAUUUUUAGGUUACAUUUUUAACUUUUAUUUAUAUCUUAUUUCUUCACAUAUUACAACUCUCUGUUGAAAGAUUUUAUCCUUAUUUGACUCUUCACUUUCUUUACUUUCACCAGAAAUUUGACGUUCCUUUAAAAUUAAAGGUCAUUGAAUGUCUUUUGAACACCUUUUUCUCAACUGAAGUCUUCCUGAAUGCCUCCCCUUUCUGAAGAAAGGAUCCUGAGUGCUGCUGUUGCUCUGCCCUGUUCCCAUGUGCCCACUCUCUUCCGUACACAUUUUGCAAGACUAUACUCUUUAUUUUAGUCAAAUUAAUUUAAAAUUGCCCUCUGGGUUUCUGCUCUCUCAUGGCCCUGUCCCUCAAAAACUUGUUUACUUUUUCUAGCUGUUUUCAUCUAAUUCGUUUAAAACGUAUGGUGGAUCCAUAAUAUAUGAAGGAUGUAAUGAAAAGGAGGUUGCAGUGUUUUAUGUAAUAUGAUCGAGCACCUCCGUGAUGAAACAUUUAGCAAUUGGCUAGUCCUUCACAGCCAGAGUGGAAGUUUGUGCUGUGUACAGGUCUUUUUACUCCCUUCCAGUUCUCCUCCAAAACUGGAGAAAAAGAAAAAAAAGACCUCUUUCAAAUGAGGAGAUUUGAUUGCAUUUUUUUAGGUGAAUGAAAACUUGGAGUUGAGCAUUUGGGCCUUAGUCAGCAUUUUUCCUUUCUGACUUAAAAUCUCAUGUCCUUUUCCUUAAAGUUAAUAGUACUCAGGUUUUUAAGACUAAUAA